GGUUUGCUCAGCUCAGCUGUUCACAUGACUCUGCUGCUCCUGGGUGUCUCGGGGAUCUUGCUGCUUCUGGGGCUAUGGGGGCUGCUCCGGGGCUAUGCCCAGCAUCGCACCCUGGCCCCUCGGUGGCCCCCUGGGCCUCGCCCUCUGCCGUUCCUGGGGAACCUGCAUUUGCUGGGUGUGACCCAACAGGACCGGGCACUGAUGGAGCUCUCAGAACGCUAUGGGCCAGUGUUCACAAUCCACCUGGGAUCUCAGAAGACUGUGGUGUUGUCAGGCUACGAGGUGGUGAGGGAGGCCCUGGUUGGGACCAGGCAUGAACUGGCCGACAGGCCCCCAAUCCCCAUCUUCCAGCUCAUCCAGCAGGGCGGGGGCAUCUUCUUCUCCUCUGGAGCUCACUGGAGGGCAGCUCGCCAAUUCACGGUGAGGACACUGCACAGCCUGGGGGUGGGACAGCCCCCCAUGGUGGACAAGGUGCUGCAGGAGCUGGCCUGUCUUAAGAGGCAGCUGGACAGCUAUGGAGGCCAGCCCUUCCCCUUGGCCCUGCUGGGCUGGGCACCCUGCAACAUCACCUUCGGACUCGUCUUUGGCCAGCGCUUUGACUACCAGGACCCUGUGUUUGUAUCCCUGCUGAGUCUCAUUGACCAGGUCAUGGUCCUGUUGGGGUCACCUGGCAUACAGCUAUUCAACACCUUCCCCCGGCUGGGGGCUCUGCUGCGGUUGCACAGGCCGGUCUUGAGCAAGAUCGAGGAGGUGCGCGCCAUCCUAAGAACUCUGCUGGAGGCACGGAGACCACCCUUACCAAGUGACGGCCCCAUGCGGAGUUACAUGGAGGCUCUGCUCCAGCAGGGCCAGGAGGAUGACCCUGAGGACAUGUUUGGCGAGGCCAAUGUCCUGGCCUGCACACUGGACAUGGUCAUGGCUGGAACAGAGACCACAGCAGCCACACUGCAGUGGGCAGUCUUCCUAAUGGUUAAGCACCCACAUGUGCAGGGCCGCGUGCAGGAGGAGCUGGACCGAGUGCUGGGCCCCGGGCAGCUACCCCGGCCGGAGGACCAGCGAGCGCUGCCCUACACCAGUGCAGUGCUGCAUGAGACCCAGCGGUACAUCACACUCCUGCCCCAUGUGCCCCGCUGCACAACUGCUGAUAUCCAACUGGGGGGCUACCUGCUUCCCAAGGGCACCCCUGUGAUCCCUCUGCUGACCUCAGUGCUCCUGGACAAGACGCAAUGGGAGACCCCAAGCCAGUUCAACCCACACCACUUCCUGGAUGCCGAUGGGCGUUUCGUGAAGCGGGGCGCCUUCCUGCCUUUCUCCACUGGCCGCCGGGUCUGCGUUGGAAAAAGCCUGGCCAUGACGGAGCUCUUCCUGCUGUUUGCCGGCCUCCUCCAGCGGUACCAUCUGCUGCCCCCACCAGGCCUCAGCCCCGCAGACCUGGAUCUGCGGCCUGCCCCAGCCUUUACCAUGCGGCCACCUGCACAGACCUUGUGUGCAGUGCCUAGAUCCUAGGGUGCUUGCACACAGCCAGAGCCUCGCUGCCUCUCCCUCGGGGCACACUGCAGGCUAUGGUGUGGUUGAAGCGUCCUUACCAAUGCAUGAUGGGCAGACAGUGCCUACUAUGUCCCUCUGGACCACAAGCUGAGUACCACAGCUUUUACGUCACAGUGUACAGUGGGACCAGGCUGCCACGUUUGACCACUGGAGGUUGGAAGCUGGCCUUUCAUCUGGGCAUGGGGGGUGUAGAUAUGUCUCCUGCUUAGCCCAGCAGCCCUACCUUGGCUUGAUAUGGUGCUCCAGAAACCUACCUUCCAGGCUCCUUCAUUCAGAACCCUACAGACUGUUCUCCACUCUGGUUCCCGAGGCAAUCAAAUCCCCAGAGCACGGACUAGGCCUUAGUUUCUUCAUUGUUCUCCUCCCCCACCAGAGCCUACCAUUGGUUAUACCAGCUCUGCACAAGGCCAUAGGGGUCCCCAAACUCAGAUACCUGGUAUAAAGCCCUUUUCACAGUUCCCAGUGUACCCUCCUAUCUCUCUAACUAGGCAGAACCUGUCAGUCACAGUUCGGGGUGCUCCACCUUUGACCGGAACCAAGGGGAUCCCAGGGGAUGCCUGAACUUGACCACAGGUGACAUUUCUGUCCCCUUCUCCUGCGAAGACUGACACUCUGUGGUGACCUGGGGCAAGAACAUGUGGCAGAAAAGAGCAUCUCCCAGCUGAUUUCCUGGGAACCCCUCUCCCAGGUUCCUAAAGCCAGGUCUCACUGACAGUGAGGGACCUACCACGUUUCCCUUUCGACCUGGCUACCGGGAGACCCAUGGCUCUUAAUCCUCCUGGCUACUCCCUUCUUUGUGCUGUUGUUUGAAUUCCUUGUUUCUCUGUGUGCCCAUUCAAGGCUUUAGAACGUGCAGACUGAUAACCCAGCUGCGCGUGUCUGUUGUGACAACAUGCCAACUCCAGCAGUGCCUUCUUCAGCAGUAUCCCUGUAGCCCCUGAGACAGCCACAGACAGUGCAAGGCUUCCCCAAGUGCGGAAGGGCAGGGCUCGAUGCCACCAGGAGUGGGAAGAGCCAGCUGGGGUAAAUGUAAGACCCAGAUCGUGUGACACUUGGGUCCCUUCUGACACCAACAGUCUGGUGAUUGGUGGUGAACGGGACAGGAAUGAGUCCCCCUUGGGCUCUGAUGUCACACUGCCUUGAUGCUAGACCCAGCCAGGGCUUCAAAGUAACUAAACCUUAAGUGACAGAAGUGUCUGAUGGAUGCAGGACAAGGCUGGGGACAGGGCUUUGUAGGUGAGAUAGGGUCUGAGUACAAAUAGCCAGAUUGCCUGAGACCCAUGACCCAGGGAAAGGUGUACACUUUGGCCGGCUGCCUCUCUCCCACAUGAAUGCAGAAUUCUGCCACUGUGCCCAAGUGAUACAAGCCUACCACUUUUUUUUUUUUUCCCAGAUAGGGUUUCUCUAUGCAACCCUGGUUGUUCUGAAACUCACUGUGAGAACCAGGCUGAUCUCACAUUCAGAGAUCUGCCUGCCUCUGCCUCCCGAGAGCUGGGAUUAACAGUGUUUUUCACCACUGCCCAGUUCCAUCCUAACACCUUCCCAAGACCCAGGGACAGCUCAGCUCAGGGACACUUCACUCAAGUGACCUGGUAGAGUCUGCAGCCCGGGGGCUACCCCAGUGCGCACCCUCUCUUCUGCCAUGUGGCAUCUUUUCCAGGCAGGAGAGCAGUGAGACCAUGUGCUUAAGGCGUUAGGGACUGGAUCGCCCUCUAGUGGCAGAAGGAUCUGAACGGAACCGCGGCUGCUCUCACAGGCUCACUUGGACCUCUGGGCAGCCGAGGGCAGCUGAGGGCAGCCUGGCCUUAGCCCAACUGGCUCUGGUUGGCCAUCUAUCUCCUCAGUGUGACGCAAGUCCUGUCCACUUGGAGCUGGGAGUGGGCGGUGGAACUCUGUCCUCUUGGGCCUUGCAUCAUUCAGAGCAGCUGUCACCAUCCAAAGGAGACCCCUGAGAGAUUGGGCUGGUUAACAUUCCAUGCAGGGAGGGUACCAGUGUGGGAGAGUCACCUGACCCACCUGAGAUCCCAGCCACCAUUCCCUCCUGCCUCUUCAACUGUGGGCUGCAACUCUACUCGGGCAAAAAAAUGUCUGGCAAGUCAGACAUUUCUCCGCAACCAUCAAAAAUUAGAAGUAAAAUAUGUAGCCUGGGGUUGGAGGCGCACACCUUUAAUCCCAGCACUCGGGAGGCAGAGGCAAGUGGAUCUCUGUGAGUUUGGGGUCAGCCUGGUCUACACAGAAAAACUCUGGUUAGAAAAACCAAAAAUAAAUAAACAAACAGUUAAACAUGUAACAAAUCCUGUUUCCUGGUGUCACAUAGCACAACUUCCCUGUAGCCUUGGUUCUGAGCACACAUGCAUGUUCAGAACCACCGUGCAUACCCUCCUGCCACAUGACCUGAACAUACCAUGUAUACCCUCCUGCCUCAAGACCUGAACACACUGUGCAUGCCCUCCUGCCGCAUGAUCUGCAACCUGAAACACCCUGGCUCGCGACCUGAUGCUAUCAGUCUCAGGGCUUUAAUUAUUUCUUUUGGUAUUUCAAGACAGGGUUUCUGUGCAGUCCUGGCAGUCCUAAACUCAACUCUGUAGACCAGGCUGGCCCCGAAUUCAGAGAUCUGCCUGCCUCUGCCUCCUGAGAGCGGGGAUUAAAGAGUCUCAGGG